UGCUGGCUGCACGUGAUGAACGGUGCGCGUCACCGGUGCGCUGUCGCUCGCCUGGAGACCGGAGCUCGGUUGACUGACACUGAGUGCAGCAGGCAGCUACUGUAAAUAAAGAAUAAAACCCAACAAACUGAAAUAGACAGAGCAGUCGGCAUCGGAUUUGAGCUUGCCAAGAAAAAAGAGGGGGGAAACAUGGCUGGUUUGAUGGCAGGUUUUGGACACUACACUCACGCGCUCGUGCGGGGAGUCCCCGCGUCCCUGACCAGAGCGGCGCUCCGGAUGCAGCCGACGGAGGUGGACCUGGACAUGGCGCGGAGGGAGCACGAAGCCUACGUGGAGCUCCUGAGGGCGAGGCUUGGGCUGGAAGUGGUGGAGCUCCCCGCGGACGAGUCGCUCCCGGACUGCGUGUUCGUGGAGGACGCGGCCGUGGUGUGCGGGGAGACGGCGCUCAUCACUAGACCCGGGGCUGAGAGCAGGAGGAGAGAGACGGAUGCAGUGAAAAGGGCUCUAAAGGAUCUGAAUCUGAACAUCGUGGAAAUGACUGAUGAGAACGCCACACUGGAUGGGGGAGAUGUGCUGUUUACAGGUCAAGAAUUUUUCGUGGGCCUUUCUAAACGAACGAAUCAGAGAGGAGCAGAGAUUCUCGCAGAUGCAUUUAAGGACUACGCCGUUUCUACUGUGCCUGUGAUGGCAGGGCUGCACCUGAAGAGCUUCUGCAGCAUGGGAGGACCGGGACUCAUUAUCAUCGGCUCCAGUGAACCAGCUCAGAAGGCCCUCAAAAUCAUGCAGCAGAUGAGCGACUACCGCUACGACAAACUGACGGUGCCUGAUGAUCUCGCUGCUAACUGCAUCUACAUGAACCUGCCCAACAAGGGACACGUGCUUCUGCACUGCACGGAAAAGGAGUUUCCAGAGAGCGUGAAGAUGUUUGAAAAGCUGAAGGACUACAUGCUGAUUCCUGUGUGCAACUCGGAAAAGGUCAAGGUGGAUGGAGCGCUCACAUGCUGUUCUGUGCUCAUCAACCAAAAGGCAAACAUCUGAGCGCGCUUAGCAGCGGCCUGUUGGCAUCUGAUCUUCUCAGAUCUUAAACAUAAACAAUCAUGCACUUACAGAAACAAAAUUUCAAUGUUGAUUUAGGGAAAAGUCUGAAAGAACUGAAGGGAAGCAUCGGGCCAUUUCUAAAAUCUGCUUAAAUCACAUGAAAACAACUUAAAACUGAUUCAGCUCUUUUUAUGUGAAAUACUAAUUGCACUCUCAAAUCAGAGAAGUUUUUUUUUUCGAAUGUACAAUUUGAUAUUAACAUGAAAAAAAUCAUUCAUAAGACAAAACAAGUAAUUUGCAGGGAUUUUUCAGUCUCUGCUUCUUUUAAUGUGAGUUUUAUUCCUUUAUUCUAACGGUUAAAGUUCAUUUUCCAGUGAGAAGGGAAGGAAACAAUGUGAAUCAAAUCCUCUAACUUGCAGAAAAUGUUAGUUUGACCAAUCAGUGAAAAAUCCUCAGAAAUAACAAACAGCACUUAGCCAGCUGAUCUGUGCCGCUGUACGAUCAAAUCUACCAGAGAGGUACAGAACAGAGCUCCAAGAGAAGAACAAUGUGAUUGAAUUUAGGUUGCAUCCUUUAAAUGCACCAUUUUAACUGUGACUUGCCUUUUUAUGAGGUCUUGUGCCUAAAAUGCAAAUUAGGCUCAUUUUUGAAGUCUGUCUGUAGAUGUUGUGGGCUUUAAAAGCUCGCUGGACUGCAGUUAGGUAACCCUCUGCAUUCAGAAUCACUACUCAGUGGUUUUAUCCCGGUCUCAUUUAACAAUCCUCAUGUCAGUCUGAGGCGGGCGACCAUGACGACAUACAGCCCGACCUGAACAUCCCACCUCGCCUGAAUCCACCAUGCUUCACUCUGUGAUUGUUAGUGAAAGCAGAGGAAAUGACAUCAGGAGGUGACUCAAGCUCCCUCUGCAGACUUUAGCGUAUGUGUGCAAGUGAGCAGUGAUGAAGCACGGAAAGAAUUCCUGUUCAGGAGGAGAAGCUUGUUCGGCUGUAAACACAAACUCUUUUCACUUCUGCCUGUCUCGCUUUCUCCCAUCUUCACCUUUUAGCUCAUGGACAGGUUUUGGAUUAUUUCAUGGUUUUGGUUUCAUACGCUCUGAUGAACUGUGGAUUUGAUCACAGACAUUAAGUUUCAGGUUUUCUUCUAAUGCUUCAGUUGCUGAGAGGACCAGACUGACUAUGUUUAAAUACAACUAAUAACAUUAUCUAAAUGUUCUUCCCCUCACACGCAGUUAAAAAGUUGUUUGGUAGUUGUUUGGCUCUUGGUUGGCUGAACUGUGAUUAGUUGUCCCAACAUGCUCUUUGAGGGUGUAUACUGUACUACUGUUGCCUUGAUUCAGCCUAGUUUAUUCUCAUUCCAUCUCAGGUCUAUUAUUUUUCAUAUGAAAUGUCAGUAAUAAUGUAUUUGAUUGUUUCCAGUUCCAUCUAUUUUAUCAAUAAAUUAAGAUCUAGUAUCA